GUGCGGAGUAUUAAAUAUUUGCAUAAUUUCGCUUCAAAAUAGAUAAUUUCCGCUGGAUUUUUCUGAAGAGAAUUGUGGAAAAUUUAGUGGUAGAAACAGAUUACAAGGCAAAAGGAGAAAAAAAAUCAAUAACAAAAUAAAGCAGACAAAAAGGAAAGAAGGUUGUCGUCCGCUCUUGCUUUCAAGUCAGUGUCAGUGCGUAAAAAUAUUAAUUUAAAUGAUUUGAAGUGAGUGACAUUAAAUUCGUAUUGAUUGUUAAGCAUUGUUAAGUUAGUUAUCGUUCAGUGAGUGAAGUGUAAUUGGAUUAACUUUGCUAUAAAGCAACUAACACUUCACUAUCCACAACAGUAGAAGCCACAAUAGAGUAUCGCAUGAGAAGUGAAACUUUUAAUAAGGAAAUUUUUCGCCGAUGUUGUAGAGAAGAGAAAACAUCAUUCCAAAAAAGAAACGAAAACAACAACCAGCAUGGGAAAAUUAUGUAGGUGAAGGGGACAUGAAUUGAGCAUUCCCUUGACGAAGUCAACAUCAAAUAAAAGUAUUCAAAUAGCGGUUGCAAGCUCUGUUGUGCUUUUUGCUUCCAAAAAAUUUCGGAGCCGUGUUCUUCUUGUAUUACGCCAGGAGUAAGCAUAUAAAAAGUUGUAAUAAAAAGAAGGAAAACGAAAUCCCUUUGAGCUUACAAUUGCGGUUUAAAAGAAAAAGUUUGUAAGCGGUAGCGCGCUGUGAACAAACAUCAAUAUCAAAAUGCGAACGUCUCAUAAAAUGUACCUGACAUUCAUCCUCUCAUCUGCCUGUAUCUUCCUGUACCAGUAUCACAUGUCUAUACCACGAAUCACAUCAUUUUCACAGCAAUCGAUAAAUGAGGUUAUAACAACAUCAACAACCACUAAGAAUCUUCUUCCAACAGUUAAAAUUAGCAACAAAACAACACCUUCAGCUUAUACAAAAAAUCUUUUCCCCUAUCACUUUCUAUCAACGAAUAAUUUGACUAAACAAUCAUUUACAACAACCAAACAUUCACAAACAGCUUCAGAACCGUCAAUACAAAAUGAUAUGUACAAUUUGACAACGUUUGGUGCAUUGGCAGUAGAAACUGUGAAUAGCUUAACGUCUAGUAUUCAUCCUCCACCACCGCCUUUGUACAUAAUAACACCAACGUAUAGACGCCCUGAGCAGUUGGCGGAAUUGACAAGGCUCGGCUACACAUUGAAGCAUAUUUCCAAUUUAUUUUGGCUUGUGAUAGAAGAUGCAGAGAAGCCGACAACGUUAGUGACGAAACUUCUGCAGAAAAUUAAUGUUCCAUUUUCACAUUUAGUCGCGCAAAUGCCUGAAAAGUUUCGAAAGAACAAGGUGAAACCCCGCGGCGUAUCGAAUCGCAAUCGAGGUCUCGAGUGGAUAAGAGCUAACGCAAGCGAUGGCGUUUUGUAUUUCGCUGAUGACGACAACACAUAUGAUCUUGAUAUAUUUGAUGAGAUGCGAUACACAAAAAAAGUCUCAAUGUGGCCCGUCGGUCUCAUCACGAAAUAUGGAGUGUCAUCGCCUAUAGUCCGCAAUGGCACAAUUUCAGGUUUUUACGAUGGUUGGAUAGGUGGUCGGAAGUUUCCAGUUGAUAUGGCGGGCUUUGCGGUCAACGUGAAUUUUCUUAUAUCACGGCCUAAUGCAAGCAUGCCAUACAAGCCCGGCUAUGAAGAGGAUGGCUUUCUAAAAAGCUUAUCGCCUUUGAAUCUCACAGAAAUUGAACUGAUGGCUUCAAAUUGCACGCAGAUUCUCGUAUGGCACACACAAUCGAAAAAAAAUCCAAACGCAAUGGCUCUCGAUAUGACCAAAUAUAACAACACAAAUUUGGUGGAACUGAAACAGAUUCUCGUGUAACAUGCGAGACAUUUAGAAAACUAUUUUUUAAUGAACAUAAGGUGCUAAUUUUCAAAGCGUAUCAGACAUACGUUGUUGACAUGUAGAUUGUGUUGUAAAUGGGAAUGAAUGCGAUGAAUUUGUUUUAAAAAUAAGUCAGGUGUACUCUUUCGUCUCGUUUUUUUAAUUUACAUUCUAUCAGUAGAUAUUUUUAUUGUAAAAUAUUGUGAACUGGUAUUUUCAAUAAACAUUUCAGCAUUUCUCCGUUACGCUCUGUUGGGAGUGGCAUGACGCUCGAAAGUAUUGUUUAUGAACGUUGUCGGAAGGCUUAAGAAUGAUAAGGGUUAGAAGCUUUUUGAGAAAAGAAACUUUUUGACCUUUUUUGUGUUCAGGGAGCUUCAAAUUUAUCAAAGAAAUUCUCUUUUAUUUAGGCAUCAUUGAUGAAUAGCAUGAGAAAAAUAAAUAGAAUAAGUUAUUUACCAAGACUGAUAUAAGACACAAAUUUGAAACACAAGAAUUGAGACUAAAAUAAAUAUUUUUAAUUCACCGUGUGUAUGUUACUUGAGUUAAUUCAAUAAAAAAGAAAAACUUUAAUGGAAGCUGUUGAAAUUCUAUAGCCAAGAAAUGUCUCCCGUCGUUUCAAAGAGUGUCACGUUGGAAACUUGCUGGUUGUUUAUUGAAACAUUCCGAUAUCUACAUAUACUUGAACACUUGGAAAUGUUUAUGAGAACUGUAUCAAACUUAAAUCGAUUUAUUAGAGAAGAAGUAAAAGCAGCACGACGUACUUUGCGUUAGCGACAGUUAAAUUUAUGGGAUUUUUAUUUCACUUUAUUUGAAAUUCAAUGUAAGACAACAUUAUUCUUCAAUGAAAGGUUCACUGCAACCAACCGCAAGCGAAAUGUUUCAUUCGUCACGUUGCAAAAGAAGAUAAAAAUAAUAAAAAAUCUUGAGAGAAAUAACAUAAGACUUAAAUAACAUUUUUAAUAUUUUCCUUUCAUUAUAAAUAAAAUCUUUUCUUAGUUCUUUCCACUGUGUUUUCGGUUUAGAUAGACAAUUAAAAAAGAAAAGAGAAAGAUAAAAACGAAACUAAUUAUGAAUGAAUGAAUGAAAAAUCUAAAUUUAACUUUAAACAACUUUUCAUUUGAAAUUCAUGAGUAAGUCUCAGAGUGAAAAUGAAAAAGAAAAACGCGAUUCCAGAAAGUCAAAUAAUUGUGAUUGCAUGUUUUAAAACAAUUAAACUCAUUUUACCACUUUCAAGUCUUGUCAAACAAUAGUAGAAGAAGUAUGGUGUAGCACAACCAUGAAAGUUCCUGAGUAAAACGUUGUGCAAACUCUUUAUUGUCCUCAUUUAUUAAGAAGCUUUUCAGAAUGAAUUUCUCAUUACGCAAUUAUGAAAACGAAGGUAAAUGAAAGGAAGGAAAAAGCUGGUUGGAGGUAGAAAAAUCAGUUUUGACACGCGAUAAACUUCUCAUUCUGUAUGUAAAUUGUAAUCCCAUGAAGGAUUUUUAAAACAAAAUUAUUCAUUCGUUACAAGAUAAGUACGCUAUGUAGGGGAUUGUUAGCCGUCUCUAAGUAAGUGAAAUUAACUGAUUUUUACUGAUAUACAAAAAAUUAUCCUCAAAUACAUUUUGAACAUUUAUUUUCAUGUACCUCGAUUUUCGAAUAAAUAUUUGAUGAAAAUUUCUCGUUCAAUGAACAUUUUCUUUAAGCUUUUAUAAGCAGAUUUAAUAUUCCUCGAGCACCUUCUUGAGUUGUGAGUGCUUUCUUAUUGCUUUCCAACUCAUUGUGGGUACUGAAAAUUAAAGCUUAUUUUAAUGAAUGAAUUGCUACAAUCCUUAUAAUAAGUAUGCAUUCACAUGAUGUAUUUAAAAUACUGAAUCAGUUCCAAUUAGCUUUCCUUCUUUUCUUUUUUUUCCUUCUCUGUUGUUAUUCAUGCGAAUGAAAAGAAAAGAAUUGUUUUCUCUCGGCGAGUGCCAGUAAAAGAAAAAGAAAAAAUGAAAAAUUACGAGGAAAAUUUCGUGCGAAAGACGGAAAUUAUUCAAGUGCAAACAGAUUCUAAUUUGAAAAAAGAAAGAAAGGCGAAAGAAACAGUAAGAAAAAUUCCUUUUCAUUUUAUAAUUUACAUACAAAGAGGAAAGGAGAAGAGUACAACAACGAGAAAAGGGAAGAUUUUCCGGCAAUGAAUUUAAUUAAGAAAGUUUGUAGCAAAGUAAAAACAACGAGAAAGCAAAGCAGACAUAAAGCAUCUCAAGAAGUAACAGAAAUAAAGUUGAGUGAUGAUUUUAUUGAAGGAUUUUUAUUGGAAAAAAAUUUAUUGGCUGAACCCGAGAGCUAAGUUAAAAGAUUUAAUAAUAAAUCCUUUGAUGAAAUUUUCUUGUCAUCUGGGUGAUGUUUCUACUGCCGCAGGGGUUGAGAAACAAAAAGGGAUGAAGAAGAAACCAACUCGUCUGUUGUUGGCAAGUGAUUCUUAAGAGAACAAAUACUAAGAUGAGCAGUGAGGAGAAAACUUUAUUUAUUUAUCUUUUUCGUCACUGUAAUCGUUUGCUAAAUACAGACACAAACACACAUAUCCUGACUUGCACGAUUUAAAUUAACUCGAACUCCAACAAUCACUAAAUUAUGUUAAUUUAAAUUGUUCGUGAAAAUAAAUUUUGUGAUAUUUUCCAACAUUAAUUUGAAUUUAUAUUCUUGAAUUAUUCGCACUUGAAGAACACUCAUUUGAAAAGUUCGCCACGACAAAGCGAGUUGGAAAUGAAAUGUAUAAAUUGCCUGAAUGGUAAAGGAAAUGAAACUUUUUUCAAAUGAUUUAUUAACGUGGGAAAUAGUUGAGGGAGUUGAGAUAAUUUUAAAGUAAAAAUCUACUUGAGUUAGAGUUAUGCCAAGUUAAAAUCGUCUUACGAGAAAGCGAAGGCGAGAAUUUUUUUCUUUUUAAAAGAUGUUGAAAGUUUAAUGUGAGACUUUAUCGGUAAUCAGAGAAGAUUAAAAGUUAUUAUGUGGCAGGAAGAUGUUGAAGUGCAUAUAACUUUACGAAGCCUAAGAAAUCAAAUGAAAAAAAGAUAUUACUAAAAUUUGAUUCCUUAUUUAUAGAUAGAAAUAAAAUUAAUAAGUGUCGGCCAUGUUCUUUAAUGAUGUCAAUAAAAUUCGAACUUAAAAAAUAAAAGCUUAUAAAGCUUAAACAUUUAUUUUUGAAAUAUGACCAAAUUAUGUUUUUUAUGAUCUUAAAAAGGAAACAAAACUCUCUUAAAAAUUAUUUCUUAGACUUUAAUCAACGCCAUAAAUUUAAACGAAGGGAGACGAUUAAAAACAAGCUUCUAAAGCUCCACUUCCCUAACCGAAAGCUCUUCAUGUCGAGAAUCUUUUUUUUAAAUCUCUGAAAACUUUGUAAGAUAUUUUAUCCCUUCCUGGUUUUUAUAAAUCUUAGACACUUGACAUCAUAGAGAAAACAUCCCC